AUGGAAACUGAAGCUAGUAGUUCAACAGGCUCAGUUACUAGUGUUAAUGACGAAAUUGAGUCAAAAAUAGCACCAGUAGCGCCUUAUGAAGUGAAUUCGAUGAUUCUUUGUAGCCAUACCGAUAAUCUUUUUUAUGAGGCAAAAAUAAUCGCAGUUAAAGUACAAACAAAUGGAGAAUACAUGUAUACUGUUCAUUACCAGGGAUGGAGUAAGCGGUACGAUGAAAACAUUCCUCAUAGUCGAACACCUUCACGAUUUCGUCCUUUUACACCGGAAAAUAUUGAACUUGCAAAGAUGGAAAUGAAAGAAGCAAAAGCUGCCUUAUCACCAAGGAAAAAAAAACCACCUAGAACAGAACUACGUCGUGGUUGUUCAUCUACACACUUGUCUGAUUCUUCAUCUAAUACGUCCCGUCCUGAUAAGUUUUCAGUCCGUCAAAGCAAGAAACAAGAAACGGAAGAUGAAGUAUCAGUUCCGGACAAACUGAAAGCUUUGCUGGAAAAUGAUCGUAAUUUAGUUGAGAGUAAGUCAAAGUUGCCAAGAUUACAUGGACGCUCAACAGUAUCACAAGUUAUGCAGGAGAAAAAGGAAGAAAUUGGACGAAAUAGAAAUCAGGACGAAUUUACAUUUCCAUACUUUUUGCCCACCACAAUUAAUCCAUUUGAGUAUGUUAUCUAUGUGCGGAAACUGGAUACCGUAUGUGCAGAAGUUAGAAUACACAAGGGACGAGCACGCUACUGGAGAAGUGUUGUUGCUGCGCUUGAUGAGUGCGUGGAUAAUCUGAAAAGCUUCUUUGAUUUAGUGUUAAUGUCUGAUGUACUGUAUCCCAACGAAAAGUUGCGUCAUAAAGAUCUUACGGAAGGGGAUUGCGAGAUAGUAGAGUUGGACAGCUUGUCAAAUUUUUUGAAUGAACCACGGGGACUCUACGCAUCAGAAUACUACGGCUUCAUCUACUUACUGCGACUACUCGUUAAAUUUCCACAAAUAAUUGAAUACAUGCCAUGUGACAAAGACUCAAAAAAUAUUCUUUCUGCUUUUGUCCAGUCAUUUAUCCGCUAUCUGGGUAACAAUUCAGAGAAAUUUUUUGAUCCUGAAUUAGAUUAUGAACCUAUCAGUGAAGACUACAAGCAACGACUUUUGCAGCAAAACUACAGCAUAUCAAAAUCCUCUGACGAUGUUUAA